UUCUGCUAAGGGAUCGGGGCCAAGUAAGAUAUCGUCUACAAAUCCUUGCAAACAUUUCGACUUACAAUUGAAAACCACUCUGAUAGAAAUGAUGACGGCCGACGGUCUAGACCAUCCCAUCAGUCUCAGGCUUUGCAAAAGGCUGAACAGAUUCUACGAAGCUUUGACUCUUCUGUACAGUCUGGUUCAAGCCUGUCCCACCAGCGGGCAGCAACUCAACAAAACCCCCAGCGACGUUGCGGAACCAGGUGAAAACCACAGGGCAAUUUUAAAUUGCUUCAUGAACAAGUUGGCUCAGAUAUGCGACAACCAGCGCGGAGGUAAAACCGUAACUUCUGUGGCCAUCAUUCAAUUGCCUGACAUAUUGGUCUACACCUUUGCAUCCAAUCAACGAUCGGCAAAAGAAAUCGCGGAGGUAGAGGGGUUUAUCUUCAGCGUUCUCGAGUAUUUGAGUGAGACAGAUGCAGCACCGUCAGAUUCCGAGGACGAUGUUACUUCGAAGUCAUUCCAACAUAUUCUCGGCCAGAUUCUGUUCUUCCAUCGCAGGCGAAUCCAGUGUUACCGAGCAGGACUAGCCAAGGCCUUGUCUCAAUGCAUCGCAGAUUGCGAUAGGCGUGAGCCUGGACAGAAUUCAUCGGUCAAAACGUCUCUAUUGGAGCUCCAACGUGUGGCAGACGACUCCGAGGCGUCUCUUAAGGGUCAAAAUUCAAAAGAGAAGGUACAGAACAACGAGGCACUCGUCCAGGCAGCUACACAGCUACGUCAAUCAACAAUUUACCACUCCAUUGUGGACAGAGGAAAAUCAGGAAAAGUCGACGAGUCUCCGUACUGGUGUGAUCUGCAACACUUUGUUGGACGACUGGUGUCUUACCUAAGGGCAACCCAGACCCUAUUCGUGGCACGAAAGCGUUAUCCGGAGCUUUUUGAUCUUGAUGGUACCAAGAUCAAGUUUGUAGCUUCGAGCAAGCCGCUACCUAACCCGAUGAACGCGUUUCAAGCUGGCCUCAACCCCUUGCAAAGGAAAACGACCCGUUCAGCGCAUGAUAUCCUAUCACGGAUAACGAGUGACGAGGAGAUGAUGAAGAAAUACCGCCAAUACGCCGAUGAGCUCCAACGUUGCGAUUUAGAUGGCCGGAUUGCGACUCAGUGUUGCAAACCGGUGUUCAGACCAAUUGUUCACAGUGAGGUUCUUCUUCUCGACUGGCUCCGUAAAGAGUUUGCGGAAGAUAUUCACUCCAUUCCUUUUUAUGAAGGUAUGAAGUACAUUGGAUGCAGCAAGCCUACCUGUCGACUCUGCGAUUACUACUUUGCUGCUCACAGCAGCGGUGUUAGAGUCCGCCCUACUCACCAGAACGUCUACCCCAGUUGGACCGUCCCAGACGUCUUGGAAGAGGGUGAGAUAUCGACGACCAAAGACAGGAUGAUUGAUGCGGUUCUGGCAAAGGUCCGCGAAGCUGCUUUCACUGCGCUUAGAGAGAAGGUUUCAGAGCGCAAGAGGUUCGACUCUGAUACGUCGUCGAUGCCAACAUGUCAGCCGCUUACUGGCAUUUCAGUCACUCUGGAUGACCUGUCGUCCCGGAUCGGAGGCCUAUCCAUUUCGUCUCAUCAGCGCGUUUUCCCGUUUGUUGUGAAGAGUAAAUCGAGUAACGUUGAAGAUACUUGGAGUGUUGCUGCCCACGGAGACGACAGUGGAAGCGAUGAUGACAGUGGUGGUGUGCUAGUAUUCACUGGCCGCAACAAGCAUCCCUAGAAGUCGUGGUGUUAUGUCGCUGUCCCGGCAGCGUCAGUUGACCUUGCUACUUUAGACUCCGUGGCAACAACAUGGGAGCUCUACGUAAGCAGUCUCGCUGAGUUCUUCGUUUGUUAGCUUGUUUCCUUUCACGAUGCUUUUAGUUACAUGAUUUACCUGAUAAAUCCUAAUACCUAC